CUUUUGUGUUGUAGUGUUAUCUGGGGUCCACCGCCCAUGUGCCUUCCUCCUGUCUCCACCAGCUCCUGCCGCUCAAUCAUUAGUCCCUCUGUUCCCCCCCUCUCUCCGAGUCCGUAGCCAUAGCCAUUAGCGGAUACCUCUCUCUCUUUUCUCUGUUUUUUAUUGUUUAUUUAUUUUUAAUUUAAAAAAAUACAACCGUCUGUCUGUACUCCCAUCUCUCAUACUCUAGGUCCAGCGGAAGACAAAAGACCCAUGUCUAAUUCCGACGGAGCCAAUAAUGGUGUUUCCAACGGCGCCAUUGUAGACCCCCAGAGGCAGCAACCGGGUCUCAAUGGUUCUCUCGUCGCCGUCAAGAAGCCCCCCUCCAAGGACCGUCACAGCAAGGUCGACGGCCGCGGCAGGCGUAUCCGCAUGCCCAUCAUCUGCGCCGCACGUGUCUUCCAACUCACUCGCGAGCUCGGCCACAAGUCCGAUGGCCAGACCAUCGAGUGGCUCCUCCGCCAAGCCGAGCCCUCCAUCAUAGCCGCCACUGGAACUGGCACCACCCCCGCAAGUUUCUCCACUCUCGCCGUCUCCGUGCGUGCCGGCGGAUGCGGCUCCAGUACCUCCCUCUCUUCGUCUUCAACCUCCACCUCCCUCUCCCACUCUCUCGACCACAAACCCUUGCUGGGCCCCACCCCCUUCAUCUUAGGAAAACGCGUCCGUGCCGACGAAGAUGCCGACUGUAAGGAUGAGGGCCCCUGCGUCUCCGUGGCUAAUUCAAUGGGAUCCUUACUGGGACCCACCGCCACUGGUGGGUUCUGGGCGUUGCCGGCCAGAACCGACUUCUGGAGCUUCGCUGCUCCGCAGGCCGAGAUGGUGCAGGUACAGCAGCAGCAGCAACAACAAUCGCUGUUCGUCACACAUCAUCAUCAGCACCAACAGCCAAUGGGCGAGGCGUCGGCUGCCAGAGUGGGAAAUUAUCUUCCGGGGCAUCUGAAUUUGUUGGCUUCGUUGUCGAGGGGACCGGGGAGUUCGGGUCGGAGAGAGGACAACCCUCGCUGAUUAUUCAAGUCUCUUGUAUGGUGAUAGUGGUGACGGGUAUGGUGGUGUGCGUAAUUUGCUAUAAAAAUUGCAUGUGUAUGCUUAUUGCUGUCUCCCUAUUUUGUGAGGUGUCUGAGUAUCAGUGAAGAUCAUGAUUUUUAGUGAAUUUGUUAGGUUUAGAUUUGUUCUUCCUUUUGGUUUGAAUGGACGUUCGAAUUAGGGUUUGUGGAGGGUUCGGAAAGUUAUAUGUAUGGAUGAAUGGGGACUCGAUUAGGGCAUUUACUCCUUCGUUUGAUGAAGAUUAUAGGGUUUUAGGGUUCACAUUUGUUUAGGUUUGGACGGGGGGUUUUUGGAGGAGAAAGCGGUAAGUGACCAUGCAAGUCCACUCCAAUAAUAAUGAUAUAAUUUUGGGGCAUUUUUGUUUACAACUCGACGACGACGACGACGACAUUCCCAACAUGACCAUGAUGCUUGCAACUGGACUGGGGGCUUACAGAUUGGGUUAUUCACAAGUUUUUUAGAGGUUUGGUCGGGUACUGGUCGAGAGGAUCAUAGAAUUAACACCUCUGUGGUUCUUGGCCGGAUCGAGGUUGAUUCUUGCGCUCUCUGAUCCCUGGCUUUGGUGCUCCAUGUUGAGUGUAAUGGUCUUGGAUAGUAUCUGGGUGUGUGAAAGAUAGAGAUGGAUGAUAUAUAAAGCUCUGAUACCUCUGAUCUUGUAUGACCGCUUUGUUUGAGAAUUUUUAUCAGUAUUUAAUUUUAGCCAUUUUUUAGAUUUUUCCCGAGUGAAAAAUAUCAUGUGUUCCUCUCUUCUCUUGAAUGUAAGUGGAUUGUUAUUCAGCAAAAAAAUAAAUAAAAUGUAAGCGCAUGGAUUGUUUUUGGGGUCGCCUAUGGUAUGAA